AUGGAGUCGAAACAUUUGAUGAUGUCAGCUUUAGGUGUGGGGAUAGGGGUAGGGAUCGGAUUGGCCUCCGGACAAUGGACCAGCGGUGGUUCUUCCCCUGCCGUUCUCACGCCAAAGGUUAUGGAGCAAGAAAUGGUUAAUCUUAUUGUUGAUGGCAAAGAGAGCAAAGUGACUUUUGAUCAGUUUCCAUACUAUCUAAGUGAACAAACGAGGGUUUUGCUAACAAGUGCAGCAUUUGUUAAUUUGAAGAAAGCUGAGCUCUGUAAGCACACUCGGAAUCUGGCUCCAGCAAGUCAAACAAUUUUGCUAUCAGGACCCGCUGAACCUUACCAGCAGAUGCUUGUCAAGGCUUUGGCUCAUUUCUUCGAAGCGAAACUGUUGCUGUUAGAUGUUACUGACUUUUCACUCAAGAUGCAAGGAAAAUAUGGAUGUAACAAUAAACAAUCGUCUUUCAAAAGAUCUAUAUCUGAUGCAACCCUGGGUCGAAUGUCUGAACUGUUUGGAUCAAUGUCUGUACAAGAAAACAAAGGAACAUUACGUAGACAAAGUAGUGGAGUGGAUAUGAGCUCAAAGGCGACAGAUGGCUCAUUUAAUGUUCCGAAGUUGCGUCGGAAUGCAUCUGCCUCUGCCAAUAUGGAUAAUCUUACAGCAAAUAGCACAUCUUUAAAGUCAGCUUCUCAGCGCAUGAGCAGCUGGUCAUUUGAUGAGAAGCUUUUUCUACAGACACUUUAUAAGGUUUUAGCGCGGGUAUCCAAAACCACUCCAAUUGUCCUUUACCUUAGGGAUGUUGAGCACUUCCUCUGCAAAUCAGAGACAGUUUAUGUCUUGUUCCAGAAAAUGUUGAAGAAAAUGAGCGGACCAGUGCUGAUCCUUGGUUCAAGAAUCAUUGAUGCUGGCACAGACUAUGAAGAAUUAGAUGAAAGACUCUCUUCUGUAUUCCCUUACAACAUUGAAAUCAAACCCCCUGAAGAUGAGACCCAUCUUGUAAGUUGGAAGACUCAGCUGGAGGAGGAUAUGAAAAUGAUCCAUUUUCAAGAUACCAAAAAUCACAUCGUUGAAGUGCUUGCAGCUAAUGACCUUGACUGUGAUGAUUUGGGUUCCAUCUGCAUGGCGGAUACAAUGGAUCUUAGUAACUACAUAGAAGAAAUUGUUGUGUCAGCAAUUUCAUAUCACUUGAUGAAUACUAAAAAUCCAGAGUACAGAAAUGGAAAACUUGUUAUCUCUUCCUCGAGCUUGUCCCAUGGAUUGAGUAUAUUUCAGGAAGGUAAAUCUGCUGGGAAGGACAGUCUCAAACUAGAAGCACAAUCUGAGAUACCUAAGAAAGAAACUCCAGAAACAAAAACUGGAGCCAAAGGUGAAGCUGAUACAACAGCUACAGCGGCAAAAGAGGCUGAUUCUUCAUCUUCAGGCCCCAAAGCUCCAGAAGUUCCUCCAGAUAAUGAAUUUGAAAAGCGUAUACGACCUGAAGUCAUAUCUGCAAGUGAUAUAAAGGUGACAUUUGAGGACAUUGGUGCCUUGGAAGAAACUAAAAAAUCUCUUCAAGAAUUAGUUAUGCUUCCUCUUAGACGGCCUGACCUUUUUAAAGGGGGCAUUUUGAAGCCUUGUAGAGGAAUAUUGUUGUUUGGACCUCCUGGCACAGGAAAGACCAUGCUGGCUAAAGCCAUCGCUCGCGAAGCUGGAGCAAGCUUCAUUAAUGUAUCUAUGUCAACUAUCACAUCAAAGUGGUUUGGUGAAGAUGAAAAGAAUGUUAGGGCCUUGUUCACCCUUGCAGCUAAGGUUGCUCCAACUAUUAUAUUUGUGGAUGAAGUUGACAGCAUGCUUGGGCAGCGGUCAAGAGCCGGAGAACAUGAAGCAAUGCGGAAGAUAAAAAAUGAAUUCAUGACUCAGUGGGAUGGGUUGUUGACACAAUCUGGUGAAAGAAUUCUUGUUCUUGCUGCAACUAACCGCCCGUUUGACCUUGAUGAAGCAAUAAUAAGACGGUUUGAGAGAAGAAUUAUGGUUGGUCUACCAUCUGCAGAGAAUAGGGAAAUGAUAAUAAAGACUCUUUUGGCAAAGGAAAAAGUUGACGCGAAUUUGGAUUUCAAAGAACUUGCUACAAUGACUGAAGGAUACAGCGGAAGUGAUUUGAAGAACUUGUGCACAACUGCUGCUUAUCGACCAGUCAGGGAGUUGAUACAGCAAGAAAGUAUCAAAGACCUUGAAAAGAAGCAUAGAGCGGAGCAGCGAGGUGGUACAGGUUCCGGAGAUGAAGAGGAAGAGAGAGUAGUAACUAUCAGGCCAUUGAACAUGAAAGAUUUUAAGGAAGCAAAACACCAGGUUGCGGCUAGUUUUGCAGCUGGAGGGUCCAUAAUGGCAGAGCUGAAGCAGUGGAAUGACUUGUACGGAGAAGGAGGUUCAAGGAAGACAGAGCAGUUGACCUACUUCUUGUAG